AAUUGACAGAAUAGAUGACACCACUGCUAAUUAUAAAAUCAAUUAAUUCCCGUGAUAAUCAACAUAAAACUGUGCACAGUUAUUUAGUAAUAAAUAAUAGAAGUGUUGCGGUGUUUGAAACGCGAAACAAGCCCCCAGUUGCGGCACAAAUCGGUGAAAACUUCGUGGGGAAUUUGUCGUUUGUGUGUUGGUGGUGGCAUUUUCACCAGACUUGACGUUUGUGUUGCGUUAAGGUUAUAAUAGUUAAUUCCAUGUCUGAAGAAAUCGCGUUUGAAGACCGAAAUUCCAAUGGAAUUGCGAUGGAGACGAUAAUAAACGUUGCGGAUUGUUGUCGCGCGUGUUUACGUAUCGAUUGUUCGCUCACACCCACAAGUGCCCAAGAUAAUGAUUCGAUAAAAUUUUGCGACAAGUUGUUAUCCUGCGUUUCCGAAGUUAUGUGGCAAAAGGAAGGUUUACCGUCGCUGAUUUGUUCCACUUGUAUUGAACGUCUGAGGGUGGCGUACGAUUUUCGCAAUAUUUGUCUCCAGUCAGAUCAUACGUUGCACCGGUAUAUCAGUCACCUGCAGGAGGAUAGUAAGACUAUGGGGGUCAGGUCACUCACAACGCCGACCAAGUUCGAUUUUACUAUAUCAACGAGCACCCAAGAAGAAAUCCCGAUAAGUGUAGAGGAGCCCCAAAACGCGGAAUAUCUCCACUUGAAGCAUUUCCUCGACAAUGACGAGGAUUUGAGCAAAAAUGAGGCGUUGGUGGAGGUGACCAGGUCGGAUAGUACAAGUCCCGACUCGUCAACGACCACAGGUUUUUUGACCCAAAAUCAAGAGGUUCAGCCGCAGCCACAGCUCCAGCCCCUCCCCCAAAUAAUCCAAAUCCAGGGCCCCAUUCAAGUGCCCCCCCGGCAGGUCAUUAAACGCACAACCGGGAUCCAAGUGCGCCCCCCGACUCCCGAUCAAGACGGCGCCGACGUCAAACCCUUCACGUGCACAAUCUGCGGGAAAAACUACCGCAAAAACGCGAAUUUGCGCAUCCACAUGCGCACCCACACCGGGGAAAAACCCUUCGAGUGCAAAUACUGCGAAAAACGGUUCUACCACUCGUCGCAUUUGCGCGAGCACAUCCGCCGCCACACGGGGGAAAAACCGUUUCAGUGCGCCGUUUGCAACAAACGUUUCACGAUCAAAGGCGAACUCACAAUGCAUAUGAAGUCGCAUACGGGGGAAAAACCGUACGCAUGCACGUGUUGCGACCGUCGGUGUCUCACCGCCGCCGAUUUGAAAGUCCACAUGAGGACCCACACCGGGGAAAAACCGUUCAGUUGUGUGACGUGUGGUAAAAAAUUCGCGAGUACUUAUAUUUUGAACUCGCAUAUUAAGACCCACACGGGGGAACGGCCUUACACGUGCACGAUUUGCGGUAAAUCUUUCACCCAAUCGUCGCAUCUCAAUGUGCACAUGCGCAAACACACUGGGGAGAAGGUCAGUUGCAAGGUUUGCGAUGCGAAAUUCACGCAUUCGUCGCAAUUGACGGUGCACAUGCGUGAGCAUACGGGGAAGCAGCCGUACAAGUGCACAAUGUGCGAUAAAAUUUGCAACUACGCAUCUGAGUUGCAAACGCACAUGAUGAAGCACACGGGGGAGAAGUUCACGUGUGUCACGUGUGAUAAGAAGUUCACCACAGCGGCGUAUUUGCAAGAACACACCAGGACUCACACAGGGGAGAAUCUCUCGACUUGUCCCGUGUGUGAUCGGCAGUUUACGCGACAUCAGUACUUGCAAAAGCACAUGCGGACGCACACCGGGGAAAAACCCUACACGUGUUUCACGUGUGGGAAGAGAUUCACGCAGUCGUCGUCGCUCAAAGUGCAUAUUAGGAUUCACACCGGGGAAAAACCGUAUUCGUGCACGAUUUGCGAUCGCAGGUUUACGACCUCGUCCGAUCUCUCGGCGCACAACAAAAAACAUAAAAAAUACAUCAAUUUAUAAGGUGUAGCAGAACUGUGAUAACACUAGGAAAAACACUCAUGUAAUCAAGUUUAUGUCAUUGCUAGGACUCGAAUCGCUUUCUUUUUCAUUUUUUAUAUUUGUAAAUAGAGGAUUUCAGUAUUACUCAUUUUUUAUGUGCUUUAUUAGGCUUAUUAAUUCUCCAAGAGAAUGCUUUUUAAGAUAUUAUUAUUAGUAAAAUUAUCGCUUUGCGAUUUUUUCUCUUCUUUGGCACAUUUCAGGAUUUGAAAUAAGAAUUUUGAUGGACUGUACAAAUACAAGGUGAACAAAAAUAAUUGUACGAAAAAUUAUAGUGUUAUAAAAAUGUGAUCGUGUUGAAAUUCUGUUGUUUUUGAGGUUUGCGAUGUUUUUUCACAAUUGCAACAUGAAAUUUUAUAAAAUGCAGAUAGUUUUAAUCUUCAGAAAGUUUAAGAAAACUAAAAAUUUUCCAAAACUCAAAAACAAAAAAAUUUCGAGAAUUUUUAUCGGUGAUAAAACCUCACAUUUUUAUAGUAUUUUAUCAUUUUAGUUUUUUUCACUUGGUGUAACAUAAAAAUAGAAACUCAAUUUUUUAUACAG